CUUCAUCCUCCAAACCCACCAUUACACUCUCUCUUCAGUCUUCUCUCUCUACAAUUCAUUGAAAUGGGAAUCACCGGCGGCAUUAUCUUCCUGGUACUCUGUUUGUUGUCGUUGACCGAGGCCCGAAUCCCCGGAAACUACGCCGGUGGGCCUUGGCAAAGUGCUCAUGCCACGUUUUACGGUGGAAGUGACGCCUCCGGUACAAUGGGAGGUGCUUGUGGAUAUGGGAACCUAUACAGCCAAGGAUACGGCGUUAACACGGCGGCGCUAAGCACGGCGCUCUUUAACAACGGGUUUAGUUGCGGUGCGUGCUUCGAAAUCAAGUGUGUUAACACCCCACAGUGGUGCCUCCCCGGAAGCCCCUCCAUUUUCAUCACCGCCACCAACUUCUGCCCGCCGAAUUACGCCUUACCUAAUGACAAUGGCGGCUGGUGUAACCCUCCUCGUACUCACUUCGACCUAGCCAUGCCCAUGUUCCUUAAAAUCGCCCAGUAUCGUGCUGGCAUCGUCCCCGUCUCUUACCGCCGAGUCCCUUGUAGAAAAGCAGGAGGGAUUAGGUUCACAAUUAACGGUUUCCGUUACUUCAACUUGGUUUUGAUCACCAACGUUGCGGGUGCGGGUGAUAUUCAAAAGGCGUGGGUCAAAGGCACAAAGACCAAUUGGAUGAGCAUGAGUCGAAACUGGGGUCAAAACUGGCAAUCUAACGCUGUUCUCACCGGCCAAUCACUCUCCUUUAGAGUUACAUCCAGUGACCGACGUACCUCCACCUCAUGGAACAUUGUACCCGCUAACUGGCAAUUUGGUCAAACCUUCACCGGGAAAAACUUUCGGGUAUGAAGAACGCCGGAAUGGACACAAUUCCCACCCCUCUAAUCUAUUCGAAUUUGUUUCCAUGAGUGACUGGAUUUAAACUGUCGCAUUUGGUGUUUACUUAAAAAAAUCAUCGUUUCUUGUAAAAAUACAAACCUUUGCAAACAGUGUCGGUCUUAGUCAACCAAAUUGCAAAGUAUGAUGAUAUUAAUUAUAUGUUGUUCUAAUUAAGUUGGUGUUUCAAUUCUAA